GUUUAUUCGAGCCAAGUCUCGUCUCUCUCUCUCUUCUCUUGGCGGCGGCGGCGACGACGCGGCGGAGAUGGCUCACCGGCUGCUGCGAGACGCGCAGGCGGACGGGUGGGAGCGGUCGGACUUCCCCAUCAUCUGCGAGUCCUGCCUCGGCGACAACCCCUACGUCCGCAUGUUAAGAGCAGAGUAUGAUAAAGAGUGCAAAAUAUGCGCACGUCCUUUUACUGUCUUCCGUUGGCGACCUGGCCGGGAUGCAAGGUACAAGAAAACAGAGAUCUGUCAGACAUGUUGCAAACUGAAAAAUGUCUGCCAGGUCUGCCUGCUAGAUCUUGAAUAUGGUCUACCAGUUCAGGUUAGGGAUACAGCACUCUCUAUUAAUUCAAAUGAUGCAAUCCCAAGGAGCGACGUGAACCGUGAGUACUUUGCAGAAGAGCAUGAUCGCAAGGCCAUAGCUGGAAUAGAUUAUGAUUCUUCCUAUGGGAAGGCACGUCCCAACGACACUAUUCUGAAGCUUCAGAGGACAGCACCAUAUUACAAGAGGAAUCGAGCUCAUGUCUGCAGUUUCUAUGUGCGUGGUGAAUGUACAAGAGGUGCUGAAUGCCCUUAUCGACAUGAGAUGCCUGAAACCGGGGAGUUAUCUCAGCAGAAUAUCAAAGACCGUUACUAUGGAGUUAAUGAUCCAGUUGCUUUGAAACUUUUGGGUAAGGCUGGUGAGAUGCCAUCAUUAACACCUCCAGAUGAUGAGAGUAUAAGGACACUUUACAUUGGUGGCCUUAAUAAUCGUAUCACUGAGCAGGAUUUGAGGGACCAGUUUUACGCACAUGGUGAGAUUGAGUCUAUAAGGAUGGUUCUGCAACGUGCUUGUGCAUUUGUGACAUACACUACAAGAGAAGGUGCUGAGAAAGCUGCAGAGGAGCUUGCCAACAAGUUAGUCAUUAAGGGUGUGCGCCUGAAGCUCAUGUGGGGCAAGCCCCAAGCACCAAAGCCAGAGGAGGAUGAAGCUACAAGGCAAGGGCAUGUUGCACAUGGAGGAAUGCUCCCUAGGGCUGUUAUAUCUCAGCAGCAGAGUGGUGAGCAGCCUCAACCUCCUGGAACAGAGGGACAACAGCAAGCACCAUCAGGAUCAUACUACUUCAACAUUCCAGCACCGCCAGCAGCAGAGCGAACACUUUACCCUUCAAUGGAUCCUCAGAGGAUGGGUGCCUUGGUCAAGUCACAGGAUGGCGAUGGUAAACCUGGUCCACAGCAGGCUGGGCAAGCUCAAGCUUCAAGCAGCUCAGGGCAGAGUUAUCCUGUGCCACCACCAUAUUACCAUGGCCAGUACCCUCCUUACUAUCCACCAUAUGGUGGUUACAUGCCCCCACCUCGCAUGCCAUACGCACAGCUACCACAGUAUCCGCCUUAUCAGCCAAUGCUAGCACCACCAGCACAGUCGCAAGCUAGCUCAUCAUCGCAACAACCAGCACCAGCAAUGCCGCAGCAGACUCAAGGCCCUCCUCAGCAAUAGACAACCCAGAACUGAAGGUCGUAAUCUUACUAGAGUAGAUGCCCUGCCAGUGUGCUCACCAUAACCAGAUGCUAUGUUAUGUUAAUGCAUCUGUAAAGCUUGGAAUAAGUGAGGAUGUUUAUGGAUGUUUCGAACAAUUAUUCUCGAAGAUGACCGACGUUUUAGUUCUUCCAGCAAGGGCAACAGACGCUGUCUUUGAAUUUGAUGUUCAAUUUAUUGGAAGCAGCAGAAGUAGGAGAGGAAGAGGAUGGACUAAUUUAGUCGCUUUUUAGACGGCGGCAUGUGUGUGGUGGGCGUGUGUGGUGGGUGUCAGCGGAGCGGAGGACGGUGGGGCAGAAUAUCACUUUUGAUUGUAUGAACACUAGUAGUAUUAAAAUCCCGUGCGUUUUUUUAUAUUGUGAUAGAUAUAUUGGAAUGGUUGCAAUAGAUAUAUUGGAAUGGAACCUGUUGUUGUGUGUGA